ACAAUUCGUCCAGAUCCUUCUACACCGACCAUCUAUUCUCUAUGUACUCAUCCAUAUCACUGCCACAGCUUCAUCUCUCUCUAUUCUUAUUACACUCUCGAUUCUUAUUCUUAUUACACUCUCGAUUCUUCUUCUCACUUCUUCUCUAUUGAGCCCGAUCGCUUCUUUCUCUACUUUUCUUCUUCAUCUCAGGCUUUAUAGGAUUCGGGGUUGUCACGGCCAAAGGUUCUGGUUCACGCCUUCUACAUCUGUUGUUGUUCCUUUUUAAAGAAACAGACGAUGCUUCUAUCCUGUGCUCCCUCCACCUCCAACCACUGCCUGAUCCGUGCUUCCCACCGCUCCAUGUUAAUUUCUACAAUAUUUGUCGGUGACGAUGGGAAUAGAACGACGGCGAUCAUGAUGAUGACAUACGAUCCAUCUUCGAGCCCCUAAAUCUGUUGAAGGAUUACCCGUGGAUUUGCCGUUUGGAGGUGUACGGAGACCACAAACGCACUGUCGUCGACCCCCUUUUGCUUUUAAUUUCUGUUUUCCUUCUUCACCUUUGUUUAUCUGGAAUUUCUUUGGAUUGAUUUCAAAUUUCGUCUUCUCUUUCUCCAGGUUCCGCUCAUGGCUUCUAAUUCCGUGGGCUUCUGAUUGCUUGGUUUCAUAAAUUUCUUCUAUUUUUCCAUCAUCUGAACAAUCAUGGAGCAGAAAUCGACUAAACACUCUUUACCCAAGUUGCCCAUAGUGAAAAUAUCACUACAGUUGAAGAGAUUUAUACAUACAUUUUGAAACAAUUAAGUUGUUUCAUAGAAGUGGAGAAGCCUGUGGCAAGGGACUCUUCUAAUACAUCAAAAUCAUGUCAAUAUUGGGUUGUCAGUGGUUCUAUUUCAGGUUUUGAUGUCAUAAUAUCAUUAUCCAAGAUUCAGAUGUUGCUUUCAAUUUCUAAAAUUUAUGGUUUCUCCACCAAAGAAAGAACUGUCACUGUGCAGCUAAGGAAAUUACAUAUAUACGAGGUCCUAGAUGACAAGUUGAAAUUUCACAUGACAAGGACUUCAUCUAGGACCCUGAAGCGAAGAAACCUGAGGGUUACGAUCACAUCCUAAAGGUGAUUUCAGAUUCUGAUUUGAAAGGGUAUGUAUAUUUCAAAUCCAUCAGUGUCACACGAAACGUUGCUGAAAACAUUGAAAUUUCACGAGUUGAAACCAAGGACUUACAGAAUCAAUGUUGGGCAUUUUGUGCAUAUUGGGGGACCUAUGAGACUUGAUAUAGAAGAAUCAUCGGUUGAUUCUAUAUAUGUAACUGUUUGGGCAUCUCAUCAUCUUCCCCUUCAUAUGGAAAAACCAGAGAAAGCAAUGCAACUCUUAUGCUUGGAUGGAAGGAACAUUCAAUACUAUCGAGGUUGGACGGAGGCACCUCUUAUCGGUCGGGAGUGUCGUCAAUUAGAGGUCCAAGUUAUUGAAAUUGUCACCCAUAUAGCUUCUACAACAUCAAAGUUGGCAUAAAAAAUGUUUUCUACUUUGCAUAUCAGGGUGUUGCUGCCGCACUUGCUAUUUACUUUGCAACACAAAGGGGUCAUUAUAUCAUAGCAUACUACAAAUGUGUUUUUGUAAAUGGGCGAAACGUAGACAAUAGCAACAUAUUUUACUGUAGCUACCAAUUAGAACAAUAUACUAUACUUGCACACAAAAACGACACCUUCCGACUCCCGCAACACGGGGGUCAUCUUUCUAGUUUAUAUUGAAUAUGUG